UCCAUGGCUUUCUACCCAGGGCUCUGGGGCUCCCUCGCCUAUGUAAGCAGAGCCCUCAGCCAGCGCUGCUUCAGCACCACUGGAAAUCUCAGUGCCAUUCAGAAGAUGACCCGGGUGCGUGUGGUGGACAACAGUGCCCUGGGAAACACCGCUUACCACCGCCCUCCUCGCUGCAUCCAUGUCUAUACCAAGAAUGGGGUGGGCAAGGUGGGCGACCAGAUACUGCUGGCCAUCAAGGGACAGAAGAAGAAGGCUCUCAUUGUGGGGCAUUGCAUGCCUGGUGCCCGGAUGACCCCCAGGUUCGACUCCAACAAUGUGGUCCUCAUUGAGGAUAAUGGGAACCCUGUGGGGACCCGGAUUAAGACACCCAUCCCCACCAGCCUGCGCCAGAAGGAAGGCGAGUAUUCCAAAGUGCUGGCCAUUGCUCAGAACUUUGUGUGAGGAAGAC